UUCAUAUCUGCAGGGACCAAAAAAAGUGCACAGCAAAAUCCAGUUAAUUUUUUAAUUUUCUGAAACAUUAAAUACAUUUGAAUUUUAUAUAUCUACAUGUAGGUCAUGCCAUGCCUUAAAACUUUUCCAGCUGCACAGGUUUGUCUGUGCUCACAGUAAAUUUUGAGGUGUAAACAGCCAUUUUAGCUUAAAGUAAAGAAGCUACAUGUACAUGCAAUAUCUAAUCCCAUUUUUCCAAUGGUGACCUUUAUUUACAUGUUUAAAUAAUUUUUAAUUGUAGGCCUAAACUCCCAACAGUCUACAUGUACAGAGACUGGUGAUUCCCGUGAUGAUUCAGCCUCAUCAUCAUGCUCAACAUCCAACUCACCGUCUUUUUGGAGCGAUUCAGCAACGAAGAUUCUUAUCAAUGAGGUGAAACAAAGAGAAGUUCUUACAAACAAAGGGAAGCAAACUAAAAAGAGAAUGUGGGAGGAUAUUUCAAAAGUAUUGGCUGGAAAUGGUUUCCGGUUUACAUGGGAGAAGGUGCAAGGGAGGAUGAAGACUCUUACUACCAACCUGAAGAAAAUCAAUGACCACAAUUCAAAAUCAGGAUUUAUGGAUUUAACAGAAGAAUUAAUUAAAGGGGUCUUAAAAUUUAUUAGUGUCACUGAAUUGUUAAUGACUGUUUCUAAAGUCAAUAAAAAAUUGCAUGACAUCAUUGAGAGAAAUUGUGGAGUGUUAGUUGAAGUAUCAUUUAAUAAAGAUUGUUUUGUCAUUGAUAAGCAAACUCUAAAAUUAUCAACAAUGUCAGUGGAAAAACUACAUACAUUUGAAGUAGGGAGUCAAAUUUUUGAUAUGACAAAACUAGAAUUUAAUCAAAUCAUAUCAAGACUUGCAGGAGGUUACCAUUUGAAAAGGCUCAAUUUAUGUGAAAGCCCAUUGUUCGAUUUUUCAUUUUUGCAAAACUUGGUAACCUUGACAUCUUUGGAUAUUUCAAACACCCAAAUUAUUGAUGAUGAGUUGAAAUAUUUAAAAAAUCUCUCAAAUUUGACAGAACUUUAA